AGGGAUAUAUUACUAUGUUUACUAACAGUAGCUACGUGAGUGCCGGAUACACGGUUACCUCCUCCCAGGAGCAGGGUUCACAGAACCCUCCUGUACGGAGAUCUAAGAACCAGAAUGUAGUUCCAAUGCAGAUCCUAGAUCUGGUUCAACACUCGGAGGAGGACGGUCCUCUAACAUUUGGAGGACAGGAUGUGGGGAUGGUCAAGGUUGUUGGACAGGUAGUUAGUAUUGAUGAAGCUGCUACAAGAAUAAGCUACAGAAUUGAAGAUAGAACUGCUAGUAUUGAGGCUUUGAAAUAUACAGAAUCACAAGAGGAUGAGUUGAGCAAUAUCAAACCUGGAGAUCAUGUUGGUAUUGUUGGAAUGUUGAAACCAGGACGGGAGGAGAAAUCAAUCCUUAUUCUACGGAUCUGGACUAUGUCAAGUUUAGGUGAGGUUGAUUCUCAUCUUCUAGAACUUGUUCUCAUUCCUCUCAAGAUGCAUCGGGUACAGGAGAGACGUGUUGCUAUCGCUCAAUCUCAUUACACAGGAGAGGUUUACUCGGAUUUCCCUAGGAAAGGAAUGAAUCCUUCUCAGCAUAAUCCCUACUCAGCCCCCCGGUCCAAUACAGGAUUGGGAACACAGAGAAUGAUUCCUGCUGGAGAUUAUCAAUCCUACCGAACCCAGGACGAGUUCUCUGGAAUACCGGAUGCUAAGAUCAUUCUUAAAAUCCUGAGAUCUUGCUACACUGAGAUGGGGAUGAGCUUGGAUGCUCUGGCACAGAGUUCAGGAUAUCCCCGGAGUAGGUUGUCUCCGGCUCUGGACUAUCUGCUCCAGGAGGGGCAUAUAUACUGCACCAUGGACGAUUUUCAUUUCAAAUCUACUGACGUUUAGAUUAUUCUAUGAAGAUACCUAUAUUAUUUGGGAAAACAUUUGUAAAAUAUUAUUUAUGAAGUGGACUUUAAAUGUUGUUUAAAUCGUUUCGAAUUAUUUU